CCACUCUCUAGUAUGUCAAUUCAUAAAUCAAGUGGGCAAAUCGAUCAUGUAUAUCCAGCAUCAUCCUUUGACUUGAGUGUUAUAGACUUUCCGGGGUGCUUUAGGUGUCCCUUUCUUCCAUCUUGGAACAUGUCAUUGUACCUAAUACCAGAGUAUUUGUGUUAUUUCUACUGUCUAGGCUCCGCGAAUACGAUUUACGGGAUGUCAACAUCAUCGGAUAUUUUCAAUCCGGUCUCUGAUGUUAUAGAAGGAGAGGAUUCGGGCGAGAAGAGUCUUCUCGUGGUAGCAAUAGGAGUGAUACAGUCUUAGGCAGCACGUUGACUGACUGUCGACGUGGAAAAGAAUCUCUGUCCUAUUCCUGAGU